UUUGAAAGAUGCGGCUCUGCACCGGUGAAGCAGUUACAUACUCCAUGCAGCGACGCGUCAUACCAUCUCGGGAUAACAGUGCCGCGGUGUUGGUACCUUGUAAUAAAAGUUUAGUCCAUGCCGCCGAUAGCUAUAUCUUUUACGGAGAAUACGUAGCCAUUCCAAUCCUAGAAGCGAGAACGUCUACAACAAUUUACACAAUCACUUCAGUCAGUAUUCAACGACUUGAUUCCCCAUACGCCAAAAUCCGACCGCGUUGCAUCCCGCUCCCGAUAAUACCCCGCAUUCCUCCCAUACGAUCCCCCACGAAGCUUCCACGAUGAGCUUGAAGUUCGAUCCGAGCCCACAGGGCCUUACGUCGCUUCUCGAUACCGACCUUUAUAAGUUAACGAUGCAAUGCGCCGUCCUCCGUUCCUACCCUAAUGCUGAUUGUACCUAUGCCUUUACGAAUCGCACGCCAGAUCUGAAGCUCACGCGGGAGAGCUUCAACUGGCUGCAAGAGCGCGUCGCAGACUUGUCAAACCUCCGCCUCACUACCGACGAAGCCGAAUUCCUCAAGUCGAAGUGUCCCUACCUACCGGAAGCCUACAUCGCCUAUCUCUCUGUCUUCCAAUUCCGGCCACAAGAACAGUUGGUGUUGACGUUCACCCCGCUGGAUGAGGCUGCCCAGCAUACUCAAUGGGAGCAGCGGGGAGCGUCAGACGACACGGAGUUUGGCGAUCUCGAAAUCCAGGUUCGAGGUAAAUGGGUGGAAACCAUUCUCUACGAGAUCCCACUGCUGGUGCUGGUGAGCGAAUGCUACUUCCGAUUUUCAGAAACAGACUGGGAUUACGACGGGCAAGAGGAGAAUGCCUUCAACAAGGGAGUGCAGCUCCUCGAUAAUGGCUGUCUCUUCUCCGAAUUCGGCACACGCCGACGACGAAGCUACCAUACGCAAGAGCUCGUCCUUCGCGGUCUCCUCCGCGCCCAAGAGACCCACAAGUCGCAGACCCCCUCGGGCCCAGGUGCGGUCACUGGCACAUCCAACGUCCACUUUGCGCAUCGCUUCAACAUCACCCCAAUCGGUACUGUCGCACAUGAGUGGAUGAUGGGUAUCGCCGCUCACACCGGCUCCUAUACGAACGCAAAUGAGACGGCCCUUAAAGAAUGGGUGGCUUGUUUCGGCGUCGGCAAUCUCUCAAUCGCGCUCACCGACACGUUCGGCACUCCGCAGUUCCUACAGUGUUUCCGGAAGCCGUGCACUCUUUCAGAUCCGCCGAAGACAUACGCCGAGAUCUUUUCCGGCGUGCGACAGGACUCAGGAGAUCCGGCCGAGUUCGUACAUAUCAUGCGGCGCUUCUACGAUUCCCAGGGAAUCAAGGACAAAAAGACAAUCGUUUUCUCGGAUUCUCUCGACGUCGAGAAGUGUUUGGAGUACAAACAGGUGGCGGAUUCCCAAGGCUUCAUCACAAGCUUCGGUGUUGGAACUUUCUUGACCAACGACUUUGUCCACCGCAAGGAGCACAUCAAGGGGAAGAAGAGUGUGCCGUUGAACAUCGUCAUCAAGAUCUCCAGUGUGAACGGAAGGCCGGCGGUCAAGAUUAGCGAUAAUGCUGGCAAGAAUACUGGUGAUAAGGAUGAGGUCAAGAGGGUCAAGGAGGAGAUAGGAUACCAGGAAAAGACCUGGGAAGCGGGCAAUGAGGAGAAUAGAUGGGGUGGGGAGAAGGUUUAGAGAUGACACUGCUGCCGGUUGGCGUUGAUAGUGGAAACUCAUGGGUGCAUCGGAUGGAAUAAACAGACCGAAAUUUUCGUGAUUGA